CACUCACUCACUCACUCACUCAACAAUUGAUUCUCUCUGCGGCGCAUGGGGCUGCCCGAGCACCACAGCAGCAGUCAUGAGCGCCGUCGAAGCGCUGUACAUCUUCGAUGAGCACAACAACCUCAUCCUCGAGCACGUCUACUGCGCGCGCCCGCCCGCCGCGCCCGUCCUGCUGCCGCUCUACCUAGCACACCCGGCGCCGCGCCCGUCGCUCAUGUAUCUGCCGUCGACAAACCCGCCCACGCUCGUGCACAACAUGAUCCAGGACCGGCUGCUGUUCCUGGCGCCGUCGAGCGCCGACACGGAGCCGCUGCUGGUGCUCGAGUUCCUGCACCGCGUGGCCGACGCCAUCGAGGACUUUCUCGGCAGCCCGCUGCUGGCGGCCAAGAUCGAGACGAGCUACGACGUCGUGGCCCAGCUGCUCGGCGAAAUGUGCGACGCCGGCCUCGUGGCCACGACCGAGCCCAACGCCCUGCGCGACGUCGUCGACGCCCCCAGCUUCAUGAAGAACCUCCUCGGCGGCGUGGGGCUGCCCAGCUCUUCGCCCUCGCUGAGCCCGACAAAUACACCCUUCUCCCUCCAGCGGCCUGCGCUUAAACCCUCCCUCACCCCGCCCGGCUCCUCGCCUUCCUCUGCCAUCCCCUGGCGCCGCGCCAAUGUCCGCCAUACCAGCAACGAGAUGUACGUCGACGUCGUCGAGACGCUGAACGUGACGCUCACACCCAGCGGGAGGCCGCUCGUCGCCCUCGCCAACGGCAGCAUAGCCUUCACGUCGAAAGUGUCGGGCGUGCCGGACCUGAUACUACGGCUAGACGCGCCCGGCGGCAUCGCCAACAUCGUGUCGCUGCCCGUGUUCCACCCGUGCGUGCGGCUGGCGCGGUGGCGCGACCGCCCCGGCGAGCUCAGCUUCAUCCCGCCCGACGGCCGCUUCGUGCUGCUGGGCUACGAGGUCGACCUGCUGGGCGACGACUACCUGCUGCGGCCGGAGAACCUCAAGCCGGGUCACGGAAGCGGCAGCAGCCAGGGCGCGAAGCUCAACCUCCCGGCCACGGUCGAAGUGAAGACGAGUCUGGGGCCCACGGGCGCGGACUUCGAGGUGCGGCUGGCGCUGUCGUCGCGCUUCCGCAGCGGCGGCGCCGCGGCUGCCGCGUCUUCUACGUCUGCGUCCUCGGCCGCGGCCGCCAGCCUCAGCAGCAUAAGCAGCGCGGCGGGGACUGGACGGCCCGGCGGCCCUGGCCGCAGCCCCUCCGGCUUCGGCGCGCAUGCGGGGUCCUCGGCCGCGCCGCAGCUGUCGGACGUGGUGGUGCGGGUGCCGCUGCCGGCGGCGGUGCGCAACGUGGGGGACCUGCGGGCGUCGCGCGGCGAGGUGACGUACGCGCCGGGAGAAGCGGCGCUGGAGUGGCGGGUUGGGGCCAAGGACGCGGCGGCGCUGAUGCAGCUGGGGAUGGGGGCGGUGGCGACGCUGCGGGGGAGCGUCGUUGGCGGCAGUGGAGGGGAAGAAGACGACGAGGACGACGAGGGCGGCGGCGUGCUGGGUGAGGGGCUGGGCAACCGGUACGAGUACGACGACGACGGGGACGGCGCGGGCAGCGGAUACCAGUCUGCUGCGGGGCUGGGGAGCGGCGCGCCGCCGCUGAGCAGCAAGACGAACAGCGGGGGGGACGCAGAGCUAGAGGCGCGGCUGGAGCGGCGCAAGCGCGCGAACCGGCUGCUGAUGCCGGCGAGCGCGGCGCUGAGUUUCCAGGUCAAGGGGUGGUUGGCGAGCGGGGUGCGGGUGGAGAGCUUGAACGUCGACACCAAGAUGAGUCGCGGGCUGGGGGCCGGGGUGACGCCUUAUAAGGGGGUCAAGUACUUGACGGGAAGUCGGGAGGGGGUCGAGGUGAGGUGUUAGGAUUGUUUGUGUGUGUGCAUGGCCUUCCUUGGUGGCGUGGGUAGGUAUUGAUUGAUGCUUGAUGUUCAUCAUGUUUGAUGUUUUGGUAUGGUGGUUUGGUGGUGGUGGUUUGACGCGGUGCAUGAUGGAUUGAUGGAUGGAUGGGUGGACGAUGGUAGAGCAGGCUGUGGAGGGAACGGUACAUAGGAGGUAUAACCAAAUAGACAGAGACGCAGCAGCGGAAGGGCUCAUGAAUUGAUUGACUGUAUGUAUGAUGAUGGGAG